CAAAACUCAAUCCCGCCUGAGGAAAACUCAACUGUAAAUAUUCAAGUGAGGAACAAAUAAUAUUGGAGACAGGUAUUCGAUACUCCCGAUAUUCAUAUGAGUCGGCCCGUUUGUCAUCGCCAUGUUUCACUUUUUGAAGUCUCAUCGGAGUCUUGUUUGGCUGGCCCUUAUAGUUUGCCUCAUCGUUCUCAACCUGUCUUUGUUUUCUCUGAUGAACACCUCAUGUGUUCGUUAUGCCUCCAUGCCUGUCAUUUUCCAUAAUUCAUCAGAAUCAAUGGGAUCAAUGGGAACAUCCGCAUUGAAAUCUGUGGGCCCUCAGUCAUCCGCAAAUACCUUGAUCAACCUUUCUAGGGCUGAUUCACCUCUAAAAUACGAUAAGGAUUCAGUAGGCGCUAUUUACCAAGGCGGCUAUGACGUGACAAACGCAGAGAAGUGCCCAAACAACGGUGAAGGCGUAGAUUUGGUGAUUCUGGUUACGUCAAGGCCAUCGGACCCCAAACCCAGAACCGCAAUACGACAGACGUGGGGUAGUUUUGGGCAGCGUGCAGACGUUCGUAUAUUAUUCAUCCUCGGUACCACCGAGGACGCGGAAUUGGAGGAGCGCCUUCGAGAUGAACAAAAAUUAUACGGUGAUGUGAUAAGAGGGAGAUUCCACGACUCAUAUUCAAAUUUAACACUCAAGUCAGUCUCGAUAUUAGAAUGGUUCGCCACCUAUUGCUCGGGAGCCAAGUUUCUGCUGAAAGCUGAUGACGAUAUGUUCAUUAACAUGCCCCGGCUCUUAUCAUUUGUUAAAAAACACGAGAAAGACGAAAAUAUUAUAUUUGGCGUACUGUUUAAAAAUGUGUCGCCGAUUAGGAAUGAAACGCAUAAGUGGUAUGCACCUCCGGAGCAAUUCAAAUUGUCGGUGUAUCCUGACUAUGUGACUGGACAGGCCUACCUUAUGUCGAGGGAUAUUAUCCACAAGCUGUACAGCACUGCACUGAGUCAAACUUUUUUUAGAAUAGAAGAUAUCUUUAUUACGGGUAUUGUUGCUGGAAAACUGGGGAUUAAACGGGUGAAGGCGAGCGAAUUUUUGAGUUAUAGAAUCCCUUACGAGCCUUGUCGGAUACGAGCUGUCAUCAGUAUACAUAAAGUCAACUAUACAGAGCAGUAUGAUGUUUGGACAAAAUUGAUGGACGAGAAGAGCAAGUGCUAGUUGACGUAGAGAGAGUAUAGGGAGAGAAACAAUUAGUUCUGCCAAAAAAUUGUAUGUUACAGGUGAGAAUAUUUGACAGAGUGGAACAGAUUUACUUGAAGGAAAUUGUUCCAUUUGAUAGACGGAAAUUUGAGAGGGGACGAUGGGGUGAAAUGGACACUUUUUAUUUUUUUAUUUUUUUUGAAAUGCUAAUGACUUGUUGAAUUGGAAUAAAGUGUUGGUGAAAUGGAA